AUGAAGUCUUUUAUUGAAAUUCCAGAAAAUUCACAUUUUCCAAUUCAGAAUUUACCAUUUGGUAUAUUUUCAACUAAAGAUAGGCAAACACCAAGAGUCGGUGUAGCAAUUGGGGAUCAGAUUUUAGAUUUAACAACAAUUACUCAACAAUUUAAGGAAUUUCUUCCCGAAUUAAUUAAUCCUGAACAUGUUUUUUCUCAGGGAUCGUUAAAUACAUUUAUGUCAUUAGGAAAGCCAAUAUGGAGAGCUACUAGAAGCUUUUUACAAAAGAUUUUGUCCUUUGAUGAUGAUGAUCCAGAUCAAGCAUUACAGCGUUAUAUGAAAAAGAAUUCAUUGAUUCCGCAAAAGGACGCAAAAAUGCAUUUACCAGCUGAAAUUGGUGAUUAUACAGAUUUCUAUUCAUCAAAAGAACAUGCAAUUAACGUUGGAUCAUCUUCUGUUGUUGUUACUGGAACGGAUAUAAUUCGUCCUUGUGGUCAAAGUUUACCACACAAAGAUCAACCACCCGUAUUCGGACCUUCAAGAAAAUUAGAUUUCGAGUUAGAAUUGGCAUUUGUUGUUGGCGUUGGAAAUAAACUUGGUAAACCAAUCUCUAUUGAAAACGCAAACGACCAUAUUUUUGGUGUUGUUUUAAUGAAUGAUUGGAGUGCUUGGGAAUAUGUUCCAUUAGGUCCAUUCCUAGGCAAAAAUUUCGGAACAACGAUUUCUCCUUGGAUAGUUACACUUGAUGCUUUAGAGCCAUUUUUAGUAAAUGGUCCUGAUCAAAUUCCCAAACCACUUCCUUAUCUUCAAGAUCAAGGACCAUCAGCGUAUGAUAUCAAUUUGCAAGUCAAAAUGAAACCUAAUAAUAGCAAAAAUUAUAAAACUAUUACAAAUUCAAAUUCAAAAUAUAUUUAUUGGUCAUUUAAACAACAACUUGUUCAUCAUACAUCUGAAGAGUCUAGAGGAUCAUUAUUGGAAAUUACUUGGAAUGGAGAAAAUGAAAUAGAAUUUGAAAAUGGAAUUAAACGUAAAUUUAUUGAAGAUGGAGAUGAAAUUCUAUUAGAAGGAUAUUGUUUAGGAGAUGGAUAUAUUGUUGGAUUUGGCGAAUGUAGUGGUAAAAUUUUAGCUAGUCAUUAA